AGCGGAGGCAGGCGGCUGAGCCCCUGGCUAGCGCCCAGCCCUGGCAAGCGCUGGACAGAGCUCUUCUUCCUGGCCUACAGCCCCUCCUGGAUCAUAUGGUGCCUCUGCAUCCUGGUGCCUUUCAAAAUUUAUGAGCGCCUGGGCAAAUGGGGCUACAUGAGCCUGGGCCUGAUUGCAGCGCUGCCCUGUGCGCUGCUGCCGCUGCUGCUGCAACCGGUGGCGGAGCGUGAGAAGCCGCUGUCGCAGCGGUAUUGGGUGAAAGCCAACGCCUGGAUCGCUGUGUUCAGCUUCAUCGGCAACUACUUCUGGACCCACUACUUUUACCGCGUGCUGGGUGCCACCUACACCUUCCCUGCACACAACCUCAACCAGGCAAGCUGUCUGCACAGGGAACCUGGUGUGCCCAUCACACUCUACUUCAUGACCCAUGCAUACUUCUGCCUCUACCACGCCCUCGCUAAUGUCCUUAUCCGCCGCACGCGGCACGCUGUGGCCACCUAUGGUGCAGCGGCACAGGCGGUGGCAGAGGGCGUCCUUGUGUUUUUGCUGGCGUAUGCCACUGCCUAUGGCGAGACCCUCACCAUCGCCCAUUUCCCGUACUACAGCUUCAAGGACCGCUCCCGCAUGUACUCCGUGGGGAGCCUGUUCUAUGCCAUUUACUUCUUCGUCUCCUUCCCUAUGUUUUACCGCAUGGAUGAAGCGCUGCGGGCCAAGCCGUACACGCUGUGGCGUGCCGUAGUGGAUGCGCUGGCCGCCGGCAUGCUGGUCACCUGCUUACUAGACUUCUGGCGCAUUGGGCUGGGUGGCAUCGUGGACACGCCGGGGGCAGGCGGGCUACCAUGGAUG